UUUCAUUCGAUCAUCUCCCCCAAAAAGUACCUCCUGCAGAAUCCUGCUCUGCCCCAGUUUUGGCUGUUGGACACCAAAUCGAGGCUACACAUCACAUCCACUUCCCUUGGAGAUUAGAGACAAGACAGGUGUGCAGCAAGAUGGAGGGGCUCAGAAACUUAAUUUUGGAAAACAGCACUGUUCUUGGCUACGCCUUGGCAAUACAAGUUAUUUUAUCUCUUCUUUUGCUGCUUAUUGUUUUCAAUUACCCAGUUGUCAUUUACAGACUAUAUCAGAGAUAUAUCAUUUUCAAGGCAGGUUUCCAGAAGAAAAAGCUGAAAGUAUCAGACAACUUUGAGUUUGAAUAUAUUGAAAGGGGAAAUGCAAAAGAUCAUGCCAUAUCAUUGCUUCUUGUACAUGGUUUUACUUCAAGCAAAGAAAACUGGUGUUUAAUGGCUAGCUUUAUCCCCAAGAGAAUACAUAUUGUUGCUUUGGAUUUGCCUGGCCACGGAGGGACAACAAGAAAGCUGAAGGAUGAUGUUUCAGUGCCAGGUUUUGCAAAGAGAGUAGAACAGUUUGCAAAUGCUGUUGGGUUGAACAAGAAGAAAUACCAUGUGGUUGGCACGUCUCUUGGUGGAUUUAUAGCUGGUGUCCAUGCUGCAAUGUUUCCGAAAAAUUUAGCAUCUGUUAUGCUUGUAUGUCCAGCUGGCUUUAAUUCUCCUGUUGCAAGUCAAAUGGUGAAGGCUUAUGAAAAAGAAAAUAAAAUUCAGUUGUUGCCAAAGAACAAUGAAGAGUUUGUAGCAAUGAUUAACAUGCUUGUACACAAACCAGUCAAGUUUCCAGACAUCAUUGUUUCUGGGUUGAUGCAGGCAAGACUGCAAGCUCAGGACUUCUAUGUGAAAGUGUUUGAAGGUCUUAUAAAUGAAAAUGAGAGAUAUCUCCUUCAAGAAAAACUACCAGACAUCAAAACAAAGACAAUGAUUGUUUGGGGGAAGCAUGACAAAGCCCUUGAUGUUUCAGCUACUGAGGUCAUUAGAGAUAUACAUCCUGAAAGCCAGAUUGAAAUUUUGGAUGAUUGUGGACACAGUAUAGCAUUAGAGAGGCCACGAAAGCUAGCCACACUUAUAACAAGGUUCUUAGAAGAUUGAACUUCCUUACAAUAACAAGUACUUGUGCAAAUUUUCAAGGAUUUUUAGGACAAUGAUUUGGAGAAUUGUUUUAAAAAAUAGGUGACUGCUUUCACAUUAUUGUAAUUCUUUGUGUUCCCGAUUUUUGUUAUUGAUUUUCAAACAUAUACUUGGUGAGCAAUAGUAUUACACAGUUCAACAUUGAUUGGUGAUAAGUGGCUACAGCACUGUAACACGGUCAUUGAAAUGUUAAACACCUUUGUUAAAUCUUUAGGCAUCAGUUUGGCAGCACGGAGCAAAAUAAGUUAUGAAGUCAGUUUGAAUUUCGAAAAAAAUAUUCUUUUCAAAGAUUUGAAUGUUACUUUUCAAAGACAGAUUUAAAGCUUCAAAACUUCUGUGAAGCUUACAAAAAUUUAAUAAAAAGGGUUUCAAACAAGCUUUAUUGAACACAACAUGAUGAAAUUUAUAAACAAUUCAAUAGCUUUUGAAUUGCUUUUAUAGGUAGAAAAAAUUUUAUCAGUACUGCCAUUUAGAAGCCUGAUAACCAAACCCAGAUUUCACCAACGGUGCAAUACUUCUGCUUACAAAGCAUAUAAUAUUCUUUGCAACUCAGAACAGUCAUGUUCUUUACAAAAAUUAGUUUAUUAUUCAUAAAAUAUAGAAAAAUUUACCAAAAUCAUUUUCUUAUUCAUAUAUUAUGUAGAAAACUUAUAUGUUGCAAAGUCUGUAUUGAUCACCAUUCACAAUCAAAUUCUUUUAUAAAUCUUUUAUUGAUCCUGUUGUCUCUUGGUAAAAAAAUGAAAAUUUUAGGAUAAAAAUCAAAUUAAAACCAAUGCUUUAUAAGUCAGUUUAAAGUUUAAGAAAAUUGUCUAACCU